GGCGCUGUCACUCUCAGGAAUCUUCAGCUAUCAGCGCUCCGUCACUGGACUGUACAGUGUGUCCUUCGUCCGCGCACAGAAAAUAAUAAUAUUUAGAUAGUUUUUGUUUAUUGCACUCGAUAAAUAUGUCUACUACGACCGGCGGCGGAGAGUUUGGCAACCCUCUGCGGAAAUUCAAGUUGGUUUUCUUGGGCGAGCAAAGCGUGGGCAAAACUUCACUUAUUACCAGGUUUAUGUAUGACAGCUUCGAUAAUACCUAUCAGGCAACUAUUGGCAUAGACUUUCUGUCAAAAACCAUGUACUUGGAAGACCGCACGAUUCGGCUACAGCUGUGGGACACUGCUGGGCAGGAACGCUUCCGUAGCCUCAUUCCCAGUUACAUCAGAGACUCAGCAGCCGCAGUGGUGGUCUAUGAUAUAGCAAAUCUCAAUUCUUUCCAGCAAACUUCAAAGUGGAUAGAUGAUGUCAGAACAGAGCGAGGAAGUGAUGUCAUUAUCAUGUUGGUUGGCAACAAGACAGACUUGGCUGAUAAAAGGCAAGUGUCAGUAGAGGCAGCAGAGAAAAAAGCUAAGGAACUGGGUGUGAUGUACAUAGAGACCAGCGCCAAAGCUGGUUAUAACGUCAAACAGCUGUUUCGUCGUGUUGCUGCUGCUUUGCCUGGAAUGGAUAGUACACCAGAAAAAAGCAAAGAGGACAUGAUCGACAUCAAACUGGAGAAGCCUCCAGAGCUGCCCGUUACCGAGAGCAGCUGCUCUUGCUAGUAACCACCCUCGUCCCCUGCCAGGCCCUGCGUCCCCCUCACUCGACCCCCUCACACACAAACAGCUUGCCUCUCAAUGGUCACUCGCUCUUCUCACGGCCCCGCGUCAUGAGCGGAGAACCUUUUCUUUCUCUUCGACUCAGUGACUUUUCAGAGUAACCGUGUGGAUGUGCUAUUACUCUGUAUUAAAACAGGAUUCCAAAAAUACAUAUAUAAUAAUGGGAGAAAAAAAGUAAAAUCACAGCACAGAUUAAAUGCUAAAACCAUUCAGAUUCUGUUCUGGCUGCAUGGCAUUAUAUGGGAUUGCAGACUGACAUACACUCUCACGUGCUCUUGAGUUUUCACACAUCAGUGCCGUCAUAGUCAUUGUGAAGUUAGCAUUUUUCAGAGCUGGGGCUGAUGUUAUCAUUUUAGGCCUUGUUUUUUUAAUUUCACUGGAGGAAGAACUUGACAUUAUUGUAUUGAGAGGCUGUAAACUUGUGUUACUGAUUUAUAUGUUUUUUUUUUUUACAUUACACUAUUUUGUUAGUGUUUUUUUGGCAGAAGUUAUUUAAAGAAAGAUACAGAAGGGAUCUCUCCUUGUGAAAUAUCAUGGAUACAAUAUUCUGUAUAAUUGGAUGUUUUCAUGUUAAAAUAUGGUAUUAGGGACCAGAUAUCAUUUAAAGGUCUUUUUGUUUCAGGAAAUACACAUGUACGACCAGACUAAAAACAGGCUGAUUUUAUACAGGAAUCUUCAGAGGGUUGCAUGGAUGUGGAAUGUAUUGAGCUGUGGGGAAAAAAAUCAGAUUUAAAUUUCUUGAUAAAAAGGGAAAUUGGUUUGUUAACGUAUUUAAUUUCGUUAAACCUAAGAUAUUUAAUGACUUACCCACGACUGUAGUUACAAAACCUAACGUUAAUUGUAAAAAUGUGUAGCCUGUGUACUAACGAACCUAUCUGUAACACGUCGCUGAGCUUGGAUAUGGAAAGCAAUUCACACUAAUCAUUUUCUGCCUUGUUUUUGCUGCGCAAGUAUAGGAACAGCAUGCAGUUUAGAGACGGUUUAACACAAAAUGCCUUGCUUGUUUUGUUGUCAUAGUGCACCAGUUCAGGCCACAGCGCUAUUAACGUCGCAUAGAGCUAAUGAGGUUUUGUUAAACGGGAUAUUUAGAUUUCUUCCUUCAACACGGCUAUCGCUUAGUGUACAGACACGUCUUGGUAUUGCUUGUCGUAAGACUGUUGGUUUCAUGUGUUUAUUUAUUAUCUCACUAGUUAGUGAAACAGUGUGUCGUAUGCUUGACCGGAAUGGCAGUUAGCAGUGUGCGGGAACCCAAGGUUGAUGUAUAAUUUGCAUUGCUGCCUUGCUACUGUAUCACAAAGACCUAGUCAUGUCACGGUAAAGACUUUCACGCUCCCAUCUGUAAUGCUGGGUUUCAACAGUUUUAGCUUGAAUGGGCUUUUAUUUGCUGGAGAGGUAUCACCGAACCCCCCCAGCACUGUCGCUUUUCCUCUCAUUUGACUGUAGACCCACAAAUCCUUUCAUCAGUAAGAGUAAAAAAGGGCAUCGAGUGUGUUUUAAACAUUAACAUUUAAUAUGGUUUGAUAUGUACGAGUUAAAAUAAACGAGUGAAAACCCUCCUGAACAGCUCUGUCACGUGUCACUGACUGAAUACUCAGCUGUGUGCUAUUCUGAAGUGUGUUGGUCUGUUUGAAAUACGCUGUCUACUAGUGUUUAGCAAAGUUUGUGUGAACAAAGUACUAUUAUUAUAUGCUGUAAAAAAUGGAAGGUUAAAGAGACACCAAAAUGUAUCACAUGAAUAAAGAUAUUUCACCACA